UUUAAAUAGUACAUUGCUUUGUAAAGAAGAAAUAGUUCAUUCUACAAAAAGACGCUAAUAUGGCCAGACUUAUGAUUUUUGCUUCUGUUUUGAUAGCUGCUAGUAUGGUAUAUUUUUCGGUGGCAACUGAAGAAAUGUGCUCAAAAUUUUCGUAUGAAAAAGAAAUUAUUACAAACAUGCUUAAAAUGGAACUCAAAGUUGAAAAAAUGGAACAAGACGUCAAGAAUAGAAACGAAGAUAUUGUAACAAUGCUUGACGAUCAGAGGAAGGAAAUGGAGAAGUUUGCAAAUGAUUACAAAAAUCUUCGAGAUAUUCUUGUAGUUGUGAUGGAAAACAAAACGGCAGCAGUUAACUCUUUUCUAAAGAACAAAGCGGUAAACGUAUUAGACGACAAAAUAGCAGAAGUUGAUAACGUUUUGAAAACAGUUACCGGAAAGUUUGAGGAUGUAUUAAAAGAAGCUGCUGAAAACAGACUGACAAAGCCAAUCAUUGCAUUUUCAGCAUUUGUAAAGGAGCAAAAGUUACAUAUACCUCGAAACCAAAUCAUUGUCUUCGAUUUGAUAAAAACUAAUGUAGGAAACGGAUAUAACAAUGCAUCUGGUAAAUUUGUUGCCCCUGUUGACGGCUACUAUUUAUUGUCUUGUAGUCUCUUAUCAUGGCCUGGUGAAGAGUUUUCGGCUAGCAUUGAUGUAAACAACUCCAGGAAAGCACAUCUGUAUGAAAGGGGGUACAGAUUUAAGGUAUGGAAUGGCGAGUCAAACAAUCAUUGUCCAGUUGAAAGCAAAUGAUGUUGUAUCUGUUAAGACACAUGGCAACGCAAUUAAUAUUCACGGGCACAGAUAUUCUAAUUUUAAUGGAGUUUUAAUCCGUUAAUAUCGUACAUUGUGGCUUUUCAAAUAUUCAGAUGAAUAGUUAAUAUUUCAUUAAUUUUACCGACUUAUUAUGUUUGCAACUAUAGGUGUUUCUUUUUUAACUAAAUCAUAUCAAUUGAGAGACGUAACAUACAACAUAUUUCAUUUCAACAGAUGUGAGGAAAAGUUUACAUUUGUGACGAAAACGCAACAAAUAUCUCUUUUUUCACCUGUUUAAUGAUUUAGCAACGCCAUAAGUGUAAAUAGCUUCAUGUGUUUUUCUUUUGUUUGUUAAAAAUGUGCAAUCAAAUUGUUAUCAAAACAGAAUAUGAAUUUGUCAUUGCUGUUCUAAAUAUUCUGUAACUAGUAAUUCUUAAACAGGGCAUUUUUUCUUGGCCAAAACUAAAAUUGUUCAAGGCCCUGAUGUCUUUGAAAAAUAAGAAAAACAUGUUAAAACUAUCAAAAUAGGUUAAGGAAGGUUUUUGAAAUACAAAACAAAUACUCUUGAAAUUAAAGUUGUUAAAUAAAAGCUAAUUAUGAUAAUAA